GCUGGUCACCAUGGCAACCACAAGCAUUGGAAAGGCUAAUAAAGGAAGUGUCUCUCUCUCUUCAUUCCCUCUCUCUAUCUCUCUGUCUGUCUCUAAUGUUUCUGUGGUUGUUGACUGUAUUAUAUCUGCUGAGCAGCAGCACACGAGCGAGCUGAAGGAUUUCAGGAGGAGAGACAAACAGAGAGAGAGAUCGGUGUCGUCUGUGUUCAUCCGGAGAGGGAUUCUGUGUUCUUCUGAUUAGGGAAUGUGAUGCCACUGGACGUGAUGGAUCUUUCAGACUGAGGAUAUUUUCAUGGAUCAUCGGUGAAUUAUGACACACGGACAUCAUUUGGAAAAUCUACCUGAGGAUGAGCACACAGAAGAGGAGACGCGUUCGACCAUCUGUCCGUUAUGUCGUCAGAGUUUUGACGUUCCCCUGAUGUUGCCGUGUUCUCACACACUGUGUGCUCGCUGUCUGACCGGAGGGGCGCGGCUCGACCGCUGUAAGGGCGGAGUUAGGGGCGUAUCAUCUGCCUCACAUCCAAUCUGCGCUGUGCUCUGUCCCGACUGUUGCCACAGCGUUGAGCUGCCCUGUUUUGAUUGGUCAUCUGCUACGACCUGCCUGCCCUUUGACCCCACGGUGACCUAUGACCCUAAAGUGAGGGGGGAGAUCGAGGAACGGACAUGGCAGACAGAUGGCAGUGUGGAUCUUUCUGAAGAAGAAAUGGAACAAUCCGUGUCAGGUCUGAUCUUUAGCCUCGAUUCGUCCUGCUCUGAUUCAGUGCUUCACUUGUCAAACUCUGCCCUCACCAUAACCUUCAAAGGUCACACAUGCCUCCCGAGUGACCCCAGUGAUCAGGAACAGGGUCGCGUCUUCUGUCCACUUCCUCAAGUGUGUGGGAGUGUCGCCGUCUCUAGAGGACAGUUCUACUGGGAGGUUGACGUCUGCAACAGCGCUCUCUAUAGAAUAGGUGUGAUCUCACCAUCUGAUGGUCGAGGCUGGUGGAUUGAGAAGCGUGGCUCUGCAUUUCACACUGUUUUUGACGGGCGCUAUGAGCUCCUCCCCUCUGUGCCCCCUCAGCUGAAGACAGUGGGCGUGUUUCUGAAUGUGGGCGGGGCUUCGAUCACCUUCCACAAUCCUGUAACUCAAGAGUUUCUUGCUGCCAUCCCCUCCCACUUCACCGUUCCUCUCCGGCCUGCUCUUCAACUGGGCCAGGGUCGCCUCAAGCUCCGCCCCGGCCUGCCACCGCCCAAUCACGUCUUUCUCAGCCAUAACUCCACCUAUCGGGGCCCGGGAGGGGCGGGAAGAGGGCGCUGGAGGCAGGAUGUGUCGUUUGGUUCUGUAAGAACUGUGAUCCAGAAGUUUGAAGGGAUGUCGGCCGAGUCGGACUCCGAUUCAGGACUUAUGUCCAAUGUCAGCUCCAGUUCGACUCUCGGCUCGCUGUCAGAGCGCAACAACAGUACAGAGGGGCUCUGUGAGAGAACCUAGUGAGCGUCCAGUGUUAGGAUAGUAAAAUAAGGGAAGAGAAAAUGGGUCUAAUUUGGUCAUGUGUAACAUGGGGGCUAAUGGGGGUAUUCCCCAUGACCUGACCAACAGCGAAAUGAUCAACGGGCACUCCACCCCCCAGAAUGAUGGUGAGCCUUGUUCCCAUAUCUUUUGCGGAUGACUCAAAAAUGGCGUGUCCGAUCACACUCUACAAUACUGUAUUUUGGUGAAAAGUCAUCUGUCACUUGGUAGAAGCUCAAGAAAUUACACAAAUGCCAACAUGGACAGGUUGGAUGACAUGCCUGCAUUAAAUACAGCUUGACUUGCAGCGAGAAUAAACAUGGUAGGCCAUCCUACAACCAUCCAACAAUAGUUAUUUAAGAAUUGACAUUCCAAAUAAAUGCCAGAUCACUUAUUACCGUAAUACUCGUACUUCUAUAUUUACUCUAUUUAUAUUUUUUUACUUUUAAACAGACAGGAUGCCCUCAUAAGCAUUAAAAAAUGCCCCUGAAGGGGGGGCCUGGGUAUCUCAGUGGUAAAGACGCUGGCUAUCACCCCUGGAGUUCGCUAGUUUGAAUCCAGGGCGUGCCGAGUGACUCCAGCCAGGUCUCCUAAGCAACCAAAUUGGCCCGGUUACUAGGGAGGCAAUGAUUAGUGGGUCUCGCUCUCUGUGGUGCUUGUGUUGAGUUGUGCGUGGAUGCGGCGGAGAAUAGCGUGAAGCCUCCACAUGCCGGGGACAGAUUACCAACUGGGCCAAUGGGGCCAAAGCCCAGGGGCCCUUGACAGCCCUGGGGGACGUGGGGGACUUUGAGGUUGCACGAUCUAGCUCUAGAUCUAGAUCCCCCCACUCUAAAACACCGUCAACAACUUUUGGAGGGGGGCUCUUGGAGAUAAUUGGCUCCGGGGCCUGUGCAAGACAUAAACGUCCCUACCACAUGCGCUACGUCUCCGCGGUAACGCGCUCAAUGAGUCACGUGAUAAGAUGCGAGGAUUGACGGUCUCAGACGCGGAGGCGACUGAGAUUCGUCCUCGUCCACCCGGAUUGUGGCGAGUCACUACGCCACCACGAGGACUUGGAGCGCAUUGGGAAUUGGGCGUUCCAAAAUGGGAGAAAAAGAGGGGAAAAAAUGCCCCUGAAAAUCUAAUUAUUUAAUGAAAGUUAUUUUCUGACAUGAUACAUUAUGAGAGACGUGAAUCUAGCACAGCUAUGUAAGGAAGCACUUUCCUAGGACAACGUCAAAAUAUUUGGCCACUGACCAAUCCCAAUCAAGUAUUCCGGAGAGACGACUAAUACGCCAUCCUCUCUCUCUCUCUCUCUCACACACAUUCACUCACUUCUUGUUUGUGUCUUCAUCAGACCACCCAGACUGAGCAUCAAACCGCACGUCUUGCAUACGGUCUCCUUAAAAAUCGAUCAUUCCAAUCGGUCUGAGAUGAUAUUCGUAUGCGACCAAACGAGUGCAUUAAUGCGCCGUUGGAAAACAAGCAUGGAAGUCAUUUAGCCUGUAAACAAAAACAUGUUUAUGUGUGUAUGUUGCACAGGGAGAGCAGAAACUGGUAAACAGGAUAUUUUAAAGAGGAGAUACUGAAUUCUCAUCCGAAUCGCUAGAAGAGAAUCUUACUCUGAGAAGCAGGACACUUCCAUUUGCUCUCCAUUUAAUGUCAUUGAGGAAACAGUUGAGAUAUUAAAGAGAUCACACUUGUGAUUUGUCUUUCCAACGAGUGAAUUUGUUCUCUGUGGCUCCUGUUGAGUUUCACAGAGGUGAGAAAGCACAACUCAAGACCUUCUGUUGGCGCCUGUCUGCUUCCCUUCAAGAGCGAAUAUACAUGAAGGAGGUUCAUUUGCAUUUUAAAUGAGUAAUUCAGUGACCUGUUGACUUCAUGUGCAUCUCAUUAUUCUUUCAUUAUGGCCGUGCAUUCAUGCCGUGACACCCUCGAGAACAGCAUAUCAGUGUGUUCCCGGUUUCU